UCCGGUCAUGGCGGCGGCGGCGGCGGCGGCCGGGGGGGGCCGCGGGCUCUGGGGGCGCCUGGCGGAGACUCGCAUCGGCCGCUGGUGGCGGGCGCUGGCGCAGGACUACGCGGCGGCGGUGACGGAGGCGGCGCGGGGGGCGGGGGCCCGUCCCGGGGCGGCGGGGGCCUGGCUGGGGGUGACGGUGGCGGCCGCCGCCGCCGUCGCCGCCGUCCCCGACCCCGACUCCUUCGAGGCGGCCACGCUGGAGGCGGCCGGUGCCCUGCUGCUGCUCUCCCCCGGCACCCGCAGCCCCGCCGCCGACCGCCACGUCCAGCGCCUGCUGCAGCGCCGCGCCGCCGGCCGCUUGCGUUACCAAAACCUCCUUUUCUUGGCGGUGGUUUAUGAAACCCCCCACCCCGCCGACGCCGCGCUCUACCGGGCCCGCUGCCGUUAUCUGCGACCCCGGUGGCGGGAGUUGCCGGGCCGGUUGCUGGACGUGGGUUUCGGCGGGCGCUGGUGGGUGCUGGGGGCCCGGCUGCGGGACUGCGACGUGAACGAGGAGGAGUUCCAGGGGCUGCCCGAGCGGCUGCGGCGCGUGGAAACCCACCACCUCCGCUCCCACCGCAACGAGAGCCUCUUCCUGGAGAAAUUCCGGCCCGUCGUCCUCACCCCGGAGGAGAUCCGCAACCACCAGAGCCAGGAGGACGCCCCGGCGCGCGCCCACGGCGACGCCGCGCAGCCCUAAAGGGGACUGGGGGGUGCGUUCGGCUCGUCAACGCCCAGGAAUUCUCAUUUGCAACUGCUCGUUUAUUUAAUUUUCAUUCAUAACCCAUUAACGUGGCCAAAUUCUCAUGGAUUUACCCCCAAAAACGCACGGGGACGCACCAACGGUGAUAGCGGGCAGCCGUGAAAGGGACUGGGCGGCGCGUUCGGCUCGUUAACACCCCCAAAUUCUCGUUUGUGACUCCUCAUUUAUUCACUUCCCAUUAGUAACUCAUUCCUGGGGCCAAAUUCUCAUGGAUUUACCCCAAAAAAUGCCCCGGGCCGCACCGACGGUGAUGCCAGGGAGCUGUAAAGGGGACUGGGGGGCGCGUUCGGCUCGUUAACACCCAGGAAUUCUCAUUUGUGACUCCUCGUUUAUUUAAUUUUCAUUCAUAACCCAUUAAUGUGGCCAAAUUCUCCUGAAUUUACCCCAAAAAAUGCACCAGGACGUGCCAACGGUGAUGGCGGGGAGCCGUAAAGGGGACCGGGCGGCGCGUUCGGCUCGUUAACACCCCCAGAUUCUCGUUUGUGA